AUUGAACUUGCGUGUUCCCCAGCCCUCUCUCAGACUCGGCUCGGUGGAGACUUGAGAGGGGGGCGGGUGUUAGUUGGGCAGAAGUGUGCUGGUCUGGAUGUGGGGUGAAGAGGUGGGAGGGGACGUGGAAUGCAAUCGUGAGGAAGGAGGGACAGAGAGAGAAGGUUGUAAGGGUAACCGAGGUUUAUUUUCUUGAGUGGGAGAGGAUUGGGCUUUCUUUGGGUGGGGGGGGGGUACCAGUCUCUGACGUCAGCCCGGACUAAAGGGGAGGGAAGGAAGUGUGGGAACCCCACAUGGGGCUCGUUCCCUCAGGUCGGAAGGAGUGGAACUCUGUUUGUCCCUGAGUUUGAGGCGGGUAGGAAAGCUGUUGGAGAGUGUCCCACGGAUUGAGGAGAGGGAGAGAGAGAGUUGCCUUGCUGGAGGACAGCCCCGCUAUGUGCAAUGAUAGCUACUGGAACUCUACGACAGUGUGCCCCGGCGCCGGACCGGCCGUCAGCGCCAUCAUGUUCGUCGCCGGCGUCCUGGGCAACGUGUUGGCGCUGGUGGUGCUGGCUCUGCACAAGAGGGACAGCCGCAGCCGGGUGUCCCUGUUCCACAUCCUGGUGAGCAGCCUGAUCGUCACCGACCUGUUGGGGACCCUGCUCAUCAGCCCCAUGGUGCUGGCUGCCUAUGCCAGCGGCUCCUCGCUCACGCACCUCCGGCUCUGCAGCUACUGCGCCUUCGCCAUGGCUUUCUUCGGGCUCAGCUCCAUGUUGAUCCUGUUCGCCAUGGCCCUGGAGCGCUACCUGUCCAUCGGCUGCCCUUACUUCUACUCGCGGCACGCCAACAGGCGCACCGGGCUGGUCACCAUCCCGCUCAUCUACGGCUUCUGCGUCGUGUUCUGUUCGCUGCCGCUCUUUCACACCGGCCCGUACGCUCAGUACUACCCGGGGACCUGGUGCUUCAUCAUGAUGCACACCAAAUGCCAGCCGGCCAAGGUCCGCCUCUACUCCCUGUCCUACGCCAUCCUCAUGAAGGUGCUGAUCAUUUCCAUCUUACUGUGCAACGUCUCGGUUAUUGUCAACCUCUGCCGCAUGUACCAGAAGCAGAGGUCACGGAGAUGCUCCAGGCAGUCCAGCGCCAGGAGAGAUCACAGUGCUCAAGCAGAGGAAGUGGACCACCUCAUCCUUUUAGCCAUCAUGACGAUUACUUUCGUGAUCUGCUCUGUGCCCCUCACGGUUCGUACAUACAUUGGGGCAAUUUCUCAGCAGGGGAACAAUGAAGCUGACCUUACAGCACUCCGAUGCUUGUCAUUUAAUUCAAUAAUUGAUCCCUGGGUUUUUAUUAUUCUCAAUACAUCUAUCGUUAAAAAGACAUUGUCCAAGAUAUUGUGCUGUAAAAUCACAUCUAAAGGACACAAAACGCAGACUACAGUUUUCAUAAGGAAUGAAACAUUCGAGUAAGUGUCAUUUUGGAAUAGACAGUCCUGAUGCUUUACCCAUAUUGAAGGUGAUGUUUUCAGAAUCAAGUGGUCAUCAAUCAACCAGUUCGAAAGAAAGAUGCACAAUCAGCGUGUGACAACCUGUACUGAAGAUUUGGUCCUUACAGCCAUACAGUCACUGACUGCUAAACUUCAUAGGUCUGAAAUAAAAGCAGAAAGCGCUGGAGAAAAUCAGGUCUGGCAUCAACUGUGCAGAGAGAAAUAUAGUUAAUGUUUCAAGUCCAAUAUGACCUGAUGCCAUAUUUAUGCCUUGUUGAUUUUUUUUAUGUAUUUGGGAAAAGUUCAUACUUUUAAUUUCAGAAUAGAAUAGUAGAUAACUUUAAAUUAUUUUUCUACAUGAACACGCAGAAUUUUUCAGUAUUUUAAAAACAUAUUUAAUGUUCCUGGUACCAUUCAGGGUAUUUGAUAUAUCCUUGCUAUCUAACUUGUUUCCACAGUUAAAUGUAUAGAUGUGCAUUUUGCUAGGUCUAUUGUAUAAGGAUACUGAAGCUAAAAUCUGCAACUUGUGCCAAACUUUAUGAACAAAAUAAAUAUAGUUAUUUAUUCUGUAUUUUUAAACUAAGACUAACUACUUAAGACUGACUAUUACCAAGCUGACAUUUGAGUCUGGAGAACAAAAUGGGAUGCACUGUCAUUCAUAGUUGACGAAUAGAUGUCUGUCACAAUCUGCAGAAAUAGAUUCACAAAACAGUUCUAAAUGACAGUUCAUAAUUCUUUACCAACGCCCAGUACCAUACACAAAAUCAUGCACUUGGAUUCAUCAGUUUAGUGUUCUAGAAUGCAGCCAUUGGAGUCAUAGAGAUGUACAGCAUGGAAUGGACCCUUUGGUCCAUCUCGUUCAUGCCGACCAGAUAUCCUAACCUAAUCUAGUCCCAUUUGCCAGCACUUGGCCCAUAUCCCUCCAAACCCUUCCUAUUCAUAUACCCAUCCAGAUGUCUUUUAAAUGCUGUGAUUGUACCAGCCUCCACCACUUCCUCUGGCAGCUCAUUCCAUACAUGCACCACCCUCUGUGUGAAAAAGUUGCUCCUUAGGUCCCUUUUAUUUCUUUCCCCUCAUACCCUAAACCUAUGCCUUUUAGUUCUGGACUCCCCCACCCCAAGGAAAAUAACUUGUCUAUCCCAUUAAGGCCCCUCAUGAGUUUGGUAUGCUUUCCUUUAUUGUUCAGAGCAUUGAGUAUAGGAGUUGGGAAGUCAUAUUGUGGCUGUACAUGACAUUGGUUAGGCCACUUUUGGAAUAUUGCAUGCAAUUCUAGUCUCCUUCCUAUCAGAAGGAUGUUGUGAAACUUGAAAGGGUUCACAAAAGAUUUGCAAGGACAUUGCUAAGGUUGGAGGAUUUGAGCUAUAGGGAGAUGCUGAAUAGGCUGGGGCUGUUUCCCUGGAGCGUCAGAGUGUCGGGGUGACCAUUACGCUAAUCAGAUGAGCUUAAAAAAAAGACAUGCUAAAAGUAACUUUAUAUAGAUUCCUUCAUUUAUUGUAUAAUUAAAACACAUUUCACUCAGUCAAAAUUUGACUUACAU